UUGUGUUAAACGGCAACCCUACAUAUUUGUAUGUCAUUGAAUUUCCUGUCAAAAUUGUCAACUUUCUCCAAUCCCCGGAGAAAGCAAAUCAAUUUCCCGUCGCUCAGCAGUCCUUACGCUUCGUCAAAACAUCGGAAAAAUAGGUUUUCCUUUCUCAAAAUAAUCAAAAGUUUGAGUCCUGAGUCUUGGUAUAAUAGUUUGUGAAUUCAAAAAGUAUUUUAAAAAGAAAUCAAGUGAAAGGUGAAAGUAAAAAUGAGUAACGCGGAUCUAUCAAGCAUAAAGACCGAGGUGCGCGGCGAGUAUACGCUGGCCGAGAUUGAAGUGGACAUGGAAACAGAAUUGAAUCCCGAUGACCUACAACCCGGAGCCACUGUGCUAGCAUCCAAUGAAGGUGACGGUAUCCUCGAGCAGAUUGUUAGCCAUGAAGAGCUCUCAAAGUUCUUCACGGCAACGCCGUCGGCCACCAUCCAAAUGCCCACGGAAGUGGUAGUCCAGCGCACAUUGGCGGAUCCGGCACUGAAGCAGAUUCUGCAGGAGGCCGAUGGUAAGCCGGAUUUUGACCCUCAGGCGGAGCAAAUGAAAAUACGUGACUUUCUGGCCGGGGUAACAAACAACAAAAUGACGACCGAAGAGUCCGUCUUCCAGGCUUCUCGGGCCAACGCCGCCGCUAUAUCUGCCAGCCGGGUAAAGUGCCCCCAAUGCUAUGGCCAAUUUGAUGCAAUGUCCAUUCAAAAUCACAUCUGUGAACCAGAGGAACGCAAACCCGUGUGUGAGAUUGCAUCCGUGCAUCAGGAGAAGCCGCAGCCAAGCAGUGUUCCAACGCCACCGGCACCGCCAAGCAAACCCGGCAGCGAACGCGUUAUCCAGGAAAACCAAAUCCGACUUCGCCGCUACAUGAAAGACGAGAUGAAGUACGAUCUGACCACCGGAAUUGACAGCUCGCGCGGCAGAAAGUCCAACAAGGGACCGAACGAAUGCACUAUGUGCGACCGAAAGUUUGUUCAUGCCUCCGGCUUGGUGCGCCAUAUGGAAAAGCAUGCUUUGGAUCUGAUUCCGUCGCAGACCAGUUUGCAGCCACACACGGCUCCUGCGGCAGGGCUUCAUGUGGUGGUCAAGUGUAAUGCAUGCGGCCGCGUCUUCUAUGAUCCCCAAGUGGCCCUGAAUCACGGCCUGGUGCACUUCCCAGAGCUGCCGCGCAUAACCGAAGAAGAAGCGGGAAACCAAGGCUCCUCCGCAGGGGGAGCGGCCUUUAACUUUAAGCAGCUUAUGCUAGAGGGCGAAAAGCUGGUCGCUGCAUUUGCUGCAGAACAGCAGAAAGCAAAGCGAUUGGAUCAGAAACUGUUCUCCACGUUGAUUCUGGGCAGCGUGCUGCAGUGCGAGUUCUGCGAGUACGUGUUUGCGGACAUCUCGGAUCUGCUGCUCCACUCCGCGGCUCAUAUUUCGGAGCGCCGUUUCGAAUGCACCGCCUGCGACAUCUCUAUGAGCACAGCCAAGGAGGCCAGUGUUCACUUUCAGACGGAUUGCAACUUUAUGAGGGAAUCCCUUCGGUCUCUUAAUGUUUCGCUAAGUCGCUUCUUUGUGUGCAAUGUGUGCGAGGUUAAGUUCUCCAACACGGAUCUCCUCCAAGAGCAUCGCUACACUUCUUAUCACUACUUUCCACGCCUCAACGAGAAUGGGAAGCGGCUGCUCCUGCCCUGCGAGUUUUGUGAGGUGAAUUUUGAGUUCGCCCACGAGAUCCAGAGUCACAACGAGGAAAAGCACCUGAACAAGAAGAAGCGGGAGAAGGAGACCCGUAACACGGGUUCCGGCCGCCUGCGCCAAUAUUUGUGCGACAUCUGCGGCAAGUCGUACACCCAAUCUAGCCAUCUUUGGCAGCACCUACGCUUUCACCAGGGUGUUAAGCCCUUCGUGUGCCAGGAGGAGAACUGCGACCGCAAGUUCACGAUCCGUCCGGAUCUGAACGACCACAUCCGCAAGUGCCAUACAGGCGAGCGGCCGUACCACUGUCUGGUGUGCGGCAAGCGCUUCCUCACUGGCUCCGUCUUCUACCAGCACCGCUUGAUCCAUCGCGGCGAACGGCGUUACGAGUGCGAUGAAUGUGGCAAGCGUUUUUACCGAGCCGAUGCUUUAAAGAACCACCAGCGCAUCCAUACUGGCGAGAAGCCUUACAGUUGUCUCUUUUGCACCAAAACCUUCCGUCAGCGAGGCGAUCGCGACAAGCACAUCCGGGCUCGUCAUGCUCACUUGGAUGCCAAUUCACGGCUAAUGAUGCAGAUGCAAAAAUUUCAGCUGGAGUCUGCUGCUGCCGCUGCGGCGCUGAAGGCAAAGCAGGAAAAGGAGCAGCAUGGCGAGGAUGAUACGGAUGAUGGUAAUUCCGUUGCAGUGGGCUCAAUGGAAGGAGCCGACGAGGCCGGUGAUCCGGCAAUGGAGAUCCAAUAUGCUAUGUCAGACCAGCAAGACGCCAUGGUAUGCGUCCCAAUCGACGAACUCAAUGCGAACAACUAUAUAGUGCAGCAGUAUGUGCAGGCUAUGCCCAUGGAUGCCGGAUCGGAGCAGCAAAUGGUUGUUUACGAGGAGCCCACCUCAAGUAUGAUAAGUAUUUUCGAUCCUGAGACGGCACAGCCACCGAUGCAGGAAAGCAACAUAUCCUUGCUUCAGGGUGGAGAGAACGCCAAAGUUGUGGUGGUCAAGAAUGAUCCUUCUCAGCCACUUUUUUCCGAUUCUUAUAUGUAGUUUAAACAACAUAUUUCGAAUAAAGCGCCAAGUGAUGCCACCUAGAAA